GGAGACUCUACAGAGCAUCGGUAUGCAUUGGAUGUCUCUGAGUAUGGACGCUGACAUGCAAACAGCAUGUUUGCCCAGGAGCUUGUGCUGAGACAACGGACAGAGAUACUGCAUGCACUGUGCAGCAGCGGGUCAGCUGAACGUCUGGAACAGGUGCUGGAUAUACUGCUGUCCCAGGGGGAGCUCACAUGGGAGGACUACCAGAACAUACAGGUACCGGGAAGGACGCUGUACAACAGUGCCAGACAGCUGCUCGACCUGGUUUAUACAAAGGGUGUGGAUACCUGCCGGAUCUGCCUUGCUGCUCUCAAACAGGUCCUGCCUGAAGCGCAGGGAGUUUGCCUUUCAUAUUCAGAAUGCUGUACAAAUCUAGAGGAAAAACAAGAGAACCAGAACACAUGUACUGAGACUAUUCUGACUCAAAGGCCAAAUCUGGUCAACAAGCUACAAGGCUGCAUUGAUGGUGCUCUAAAUGCCCUUGUCACAUCAGGACACUUCACCUCAGUAGACUGCGAUGAAGUGCAGCUACCUGUAUACACCCCCUCUCAGCAGGCAAGGCAUUUGCUUGACCAUGUCAGAUCAAAAGGGGAAUCAGCGGCAAAGGUUAUACUGAAGUACAUUGAACAAAAACAGGAAUCUGGAUCUCCAGUGAACCAGGAGAAAUGGACUCCUCCCAAAGAGGUCUUAAAGUAUCAGAAGAAGCUCAGCAGUUCUGUAUCUGCUCAGUCUUGCUUUCUCAGUACUUAUGGAGGCACCAGCCACAUGUCUCUGGAUGACAUCUACACUGAAGGCCAGCUGGAACUUGCUCAUGACUGUGCUGAUGUUCAUGGGCCUUUGGGCCUGGAGGACAUAGUUGGUGCAGCGGGUACAGUGAACAAGGAGGCCGACACGGUGCUAGUGUGUGGGGAGGCAGGCAGUGGGAAGAGCACCUUACUCCAGAGGCUGCACCUGCUUUGGGCUCGGGGGGCAGCUCUCCAGAACUUCCUCCUUCUGUUUCCAUUCAGCUGUCGCAGGUUGAACACAGAGCAACGGGAAAUGUCAGUCCAGGAGUUACUGUUUCAGCACUGCUGCUGGCCUGACAGGGAGCAGGAGGAAAUUUUCCAGUUCAUCCUGGACCACCCACAUCUCAUCCUGUUCACUUUUGAUGGCCUUGAUGAGCUCAAGCAGAGCUUUUCAGAUGAGCACAGGGUCUGCUGCCCCACACAGCCUGCUCCUGUUCACGUACUAUUGUUCAACUUAAUCCAGGGUUCCCUAAUGAAGGGAGUGCGGAAAGUGGUGACCAGUCGCCCAGAGGCAGUGGGCCCCGUGUUGAAGAAACACCUCUGCAAAGAGGUCCUCCUGCAAGGCUUUUCCCCAAGUGGGAUUGACUGCUUUGUGAAGAAACACCACAGUGACCCCACUGUGGCUGCUAAAGUUUUGGAGUCUCUACAGACAAACACAGCUUUACUUGGACUGUGUCAUAGUCCAGUCCUCUGCUGGAUUGUCUCACAGUGCCAUAAGGAGCUGCUAGGCUGUGGAGAGGGCAGCCCACAAACCAUCACAGAUGUUUACCUCAUGAUCUUACAGCACUUUUUGCAGCACCAAAGCUCCCUGAAGAGCACCACAGGGCUAGGUUGGCUUCAGGAGCACCUAAAAACAGUGUUGCAUCUAGGAAAGCUUGCCUUUGAUGGGAUAGGAGCCACCUGUUACAUCUUCUCAGGUACAGACCUGGAGACUUGUGGUGUAACUGAGAAGGAUAUCUGCAUGGGCUUUCUCAUACAAAGCAAAGAUAUAUCCUCAACCAACAGUAAACGCUAUGAAUUCCUUCAUGUGACUAUGCAAUGUUUCUUUGCUGCUCUGUACAUCGUUUUGUCAAAUAACAUUGACCGCUCAACUAUCCCCAAGCUCUUUGAGCCCCAGCACAUUAGAGAUACAGGUCUGAGCAGCACAUGUUUCAUGGCCUGCUUGCCGUCUACUGACCAACAAAAGCUGCCUUUAGAGGCGGGAGAUGUAGCAGCUGAAACACCAAAUCUCCAAAUCGCAGCCACCUUUGUGUCUGGACUGCUGUCCCAGCGCCAUCGCACCCUGUGGCUCCACUGCUGCCCCAGUGCUGUGAUGGAGAAGAAGGUCAGACAGGUGGCUCGAUGUCUGUCCAAAGGCAUGCAGAAACACUUUAAGUCAAUCCCUCGAGCUGUAGAAGGGGAGAAAAAGAGCAUGCAUGCAAUGCCCGGCUUUGUCUGGCUUAUCAAAUGUAUCUAUGAGAUGCAGGAGAGCAGGAUUGCUAAAGAUGCUAUGAGUAAGCUACAGGUGGACCACCUGAAACUGACCUACUGUAAGAUCGGCCCUGUAGAGUGCACUGCUCUAGCCUACGUGCUCCAGCAUUUAAGGGAUCCUGUCGGCCUCCAGCUGGACAACAACUCCGUAGGCGAUGUUGGAGUGGAGCAGCUUCUUCCCUGCAUGCACAUUUGUAACUCCCUCUACCUCAGAAAUAAUAACAUUACAGAUGAAGGGAUCCGCAAACUGCUGGCUAAAGGUAUCCAGUGUGACAACUUCAGGAAAAUUGCGCUCUUCAACAACAAGCUAACUGAUGCUUGCACACAGCACUUCUCUCAUCUAUUGAAGACCAAGCAGGAUUUCCUUUCUAUAAGGCUUGGCAACAAUAACAUAACAGAAGAAGGUGCAAAGCAGCUGGCAGAGGGACUGAAAUUAAACCGUUCACUGCAAUAUUUAGGGCUUUGGGGCAACAGGAUAGGUGAUGCAGGAGCAGAGGCUCUUGCAGACGCCCUAGAGAGCAGCAAAACUCUGGUGUGGCUUAGCCUGGUGGGCAACAGUGUGGGGAGUACAGGAGCAUGUGCCCUCGCUAACAUUAUCAAGAACAGUACGUCACUGGAGGAGAUUUGGUUGACAGACAACUGCAUAACCAGAACAGGGGUGGAAUGUCUGAUUCAAGCCCUACAGCUUAAUACUCAUGUGAAAUCUGUAUGGUUGAGAAACAAUGACCUCAGUUUGGAGGAGGUGGAGGAGAUGACACAACGGGAAUCAAGAUUGACUUUCUAAUUUUGUGUUAAGUUGGCCAAAGACUGUAUAAUGUUGUAAGAACUAUUUCUAUUUAUUAUAGCAAAUAGUUAAUAGUGAAAUGUGUUUUUUUUCUUCUAAAGUGGAUUUUGGUUUUCUGCUUAGAUGGAA